AUGGAGUCUCCCUUCAAGCCUCCAGCGCCGCAGCCCGCCGACGCGGGUAAUGCUGUUGUGAUCCAACAGUUUGCCAGGUACCCGCCAAUUUUUGAUUCCCCAUUACGCAGUGCCUCCCCAGGAAGUGCAAAGAGCAGGCUUGCUGCUUCCCUGUCUCCGCCAUUACGGCGCAAAGACACGCCUCGCAGCUUACAGUCGUCGCCCAGAGGGCCGCUGUCCGGCGGGACAAUGCCGCCCUCGGGAUUGCGCGCUGGCAUGUCCAUGUCGCCUCCGGCGACCGAGAUAGACCCUCGCCCAGCUACUGCUGCUAGGGAUUCUGAGAUGGACACCGACAGGGACGCCGAGCGUCGGGAACUGCCUCCCCGAGAGGUCACCGAUGAAUCAAUCGACGACGCUUACGUGUCGUUUAUCAUGUACUGCAAUCCAAAUGUGCCAGCAUCUGCUGAUACAAGCGAGCUACGGAAGACUUUCCGAGCGCCGCCUCGCAGUGAUGGCAAAAACUUUAGUAUUUUUGUUCUGUGGGAGUUGAUUCGAAAGUUGGAUAGCAAAGAACUCAAAACUUGGAUUCAAUUAGCCAUUGAGUUAGGUGUCGAGCCUCCCUCUAUGGAAAAAAAACAGAGUACUCAGAAGGUGCAGCAAUAUGCUGUUCGAUUAAAGCUCCCCCUAUCCCACGCCCCUGCAAGUGAGGACCGGGACGGUGUUCCUCUAGAAGAAGAUCUUGCUCUGAGGGCACUCGUUCCCGAAUGGAAGCCGAAGCGAGGCAGGAAGCGAGCAGAAGACAGAGAAAGAGAGGAAUCCCGGUUCCCUAAACGACCACAGUUAGACACAUCAAUGGGUAUUCUUGACAGCAACAGCUUGGCUGCCCAUGCGGCUAAUUUUCCGCAAAGUGCUAUCCCAUUUAGUGCUUUCCCGGACGAAGUUGAUGCACCAAAUGACCCUUGGGUUGCAGCGGCAUCGUCAUUUGGUGCUGAUCAUAAUGCUGAUUCCAUUCACGGCCAAGAUCUUCGCUGGAGACCCUUUGACAAAGAUGGCUCUCCUCCUAGAUUUCCACGGUCCGCAGUUAUACCAAGGAAUAAUCUAACCGAGACAACAUCCUCUGGUGUAGGUCCGCGCUCUGCGUUAACACCAUUAUCUGGAGAAAAGUCGCGCAAUCGACGACGACACGGUCCGGCUGUCUCUUCCGCAUGGCCAAACAGUGCAGGGACAAUGACAGGAAAAAUUCGAGGACGCCCGCCAAAUCGCGGGUCUGCUCCCGGUGGCCCAUUUUCUUCAUUUCCUGUAAACCCUGCGAGAGGGGACGUGGCGAGCGUACAAUCUUCUCCCGCUAUUGGGAUUGAGCAAGGUCCAUUUGGACUGCCACGCCAUUCUCUCGGCCACCUAAACACCAGGCCAGAUAGAUUACAAUUACACGUUCCACAAAUAAACGGCCGUCCUAUUCGCUUGGCUACUCCACCGACUGUGAUGCUCAACGGCACAAACGAAAUUUCAAAUAACUCGAAUAUGUUCUCAGGACGCCGUGACUCUGCUGCAACAUCAAAUGACUUUGACGACACUUCGUCCCUACCGUCGGGUCAAGCUGCGAAAAUCUCCAUAGACGAGGUGACUCGGGCUGUGGCUGGUGUGAUCACGCAGUCAAAGCCCAUCGGCCGAAAUACACCCAUCGAAGCGGAUGAGGCCCGCUCUCUCGCAUAUGCGGCGGUACAGAGAAUCUCUACUACAUAUGCCAUGCUACCGGCAGACUCGAUUGUCAUGUUCUGUGCCUUGUACUUUGGUGUCGCGCACAAACUAGGUUUGACCGGCGUAUCUCCAGCAACUAUAACUGUCAAGAUACCCGAAGCCGCAGAAGAUAGCUCUUUGGAUACCGGCGCACAACCCGGGCAAGCCUAUUCUCUCAUCAUAGAAAGCCAAGCGGGACAAGCUUUCAAAUUUAGCAACACUCUAAGUGAUCUGACACUUGCGUCCAUUGACACGGAACAAACUAUGAAAGGGAACAAUGAAAGUGCAGGAUUCCAGUCAGAUGAAGAGGAGUCCUUGAAUGACGAUUUUGUCGGCGGAGGUUCGACUGACGAAGGGAAUUGGAAGCAACGUUAUUUACGGCUACGACAACAGGUGCGUCGCAAAGAGGCCGCUUUGCGAGAAUAUAAGAAAAGUAUUUUGGAAUCUGUCAUGGCAGAUUUCUAG